AUGCUCAAGCAAUUCCUCAGUAAACUCCCGCGAAAGGCGCUCAAAUCGGAUGAGCGGCCCGAGUCGCCGCGCACGAGCACGCCGCGGUCCAGCUCCCGGACCGGACCGUCCGGGGUGGGCGGAGGAACCCCUCGAUCCAACGGUGGAGUGGGCCCGGUUAGAUCAAACGGCCCGAAACGCAUGUCAUCGGCGGUGUUCCCGGCUAGUGUGGUGGCCGGUAUCGAGCCUUUGGUGCCAUUCAAGGACGUGCCCACUUCGGAGAAGAUGAACCUCUUUGUGAGCAAGGUGAGCCUUUGCUGUGUAACGUUUGAUUUCACAGACCCAACUAAGAAUUCUAUAGAGAAAGAUGUUAAAAGGCAGACAUUGCUUGAACUUGUGGACUUUGUAGCAUCUGGGUCGAUGAGAUUUAGCGAGCCUGCUAUUUUGGCAACCUGUAGAAUGUGUGCUAUUAAUCUGUUUAGAGUUUUCCCGCCAAAUUACAGGAAUGGUGGUGGGGGUGAAAAUGAUGAUGAUGAGCCCAUGUUUGAUCCUGCUUGGCCACAUUUGCAAAUUGUGUAUGAAUUACUGCUUAAAUUCGUGACUUCUUCGUUUCUUGAUGCGAAAAUAGCGAAGAAGUAUGUAGAUCAUUCGUUUAUUUUGAGAUUGCUUGAAUUGUUUGAUUCCGAAGACCCUAGAGAGAGAGACUGUUUGAAGACCAUUCUGCAUAGGAUUUAUGGGAAGUUCAUGGUUCAUAGGCCGUUUAUUCGCAAGGCUAUAAACAAUAUAUUCUAUCGGUUUUUGUUUGAGACUGAGAAACAUAAUGGGAUUGCUGAGUUGCUGGAGAUAUUUGGGAGUAUUAUUAGUGGGUUUGCAUUGCCGUUGAAAGAGGAACACAGAAUGUUCUUGUGGAGGGUUUUGAUUCCUCUGCAUAAGCCGAAAAAUCUGGGGUCUUACUUCCAGCAGUUGUCGUAUUGUAUCACGCAGUUUAUAGAGAAGGAGCCAAAGUUGGCAAGUGUUGUUAUAAAGGGUUUGUUGAAAUACUGGCCAAUAACAAGUAGUCAGAAAGAGGUGAUGUUCUUGGGUGAGUUAGAAGAGAUUUUGGAGGCAGUUAACAUGGUGGAAUUUCAGAAGGUCAUGGUCCCUUUGUUCUGCCGGAUUGGAUGCUGUAUUAACAGUUCCCACUUCCAGGUGGCUGAAAGGGCCCUUUUCUUUUGGAACAAUGACCACAUUGUCAACCUAAUUGCACAUAACCGUCAAGUGAUUCUGCCCAUUAUUUUACCAGCUUUGGAGAGGAAUGCUCAUAACCACUGGAACCAAGCAGUACUCAACUUAACUCUAAAUGUCAGAAAGAUGUUUGUGGAGAUGGAUGAUCAGCUAUUCCUCUCCAGCCAUGCUCACUAUAUGGAGGAAGAAGCAAAGCAAAGUUCGGCAGCCAAGAAGCGGAAGGAAGCAUGGGAGCGGUUAGAGAAUGCAGCUAGUCUCCAGCCAGUAACUGGAACUACUGCUGUUCUGGUAACUUCCCUAGCAACCUCAAUCGCCUGUUAA